AGCGCUGGCAGGGAGGGUCCUUUCGCGCAGCCGAACCCUCCAGCUCCACCACCGCCCCACCCCAUCUGCUCACACCGGAAAUGAGAUCAGGGAGGGAAACCCCGGCGGGGAGACUCGGCCCCAAAAGCGGCGGCCAUUGGAGGUGGCUGCGGCAGCUGAUGAGGCCUCAUGGAUGAGCUGGUACAUGACUUAGCCUCAGCUUUGGAACAGACAUCUGAGCAGAAUAAGCUUGGUGAGCUGUGGGAGGAGAUGGCCCUGAGUCCUCGGCAGCAGAGGCGGCAGCUUCGCAAGCGGAGAGGACGGAAGCGCCGCUCAGAUUUCACUCACCUGGCAGAGCAUACCUGCUGCUACAGUGAGGCCUCUGAGUCAAGCCUGGACGAGGCCAUUAAGGACUGUCGGGAAAUGGCCCCCAUUGCUAAUUUUAGUGACUCUGAUGACACCAUGGUAGCCAAACGGCACCCAGCUCUCAACGCCAUUGUUAAGAGUAAGCAACAUUCUUGGCAUGAAUCUGACUCCUUUACUGAAAAUGCACCUUGUCGACCACUCAGGCGCCGGCGGAAGGUGAAGCGAGUGACAUCAGAGGUGGCUGCCAGCCUUCAGCAGAAGCUCAAGGUAUCAGAUUGGAGCUAUGAGAGAGGCUGCAGGUUCAAGUCUGCUAAGAAGCAGCGUCUGUCUCGCUGGAAGGAGAAUACUCCCUGGACCUCAUCAGGUCACGGGUUGUGUGAAUCAGGAGAAAAUAGGACUUUCCUAAGCAAAACGGGAAGGAAAGAAAGGAUGGAGUGUGAAGCAGAUGAACCAAAACAGGGCUCAGAUGAGAACAUGUCAGAAUGUGAAACCAGCAGUGUGUGUAGCAGCAGUGACACAGGACUCUUUACCAACGAUGAAGGACGACAAGGGGAUGAUGAGCAGAGUGAUUGGUUCUAUGAAGGAGAAUGUGUCCCAGGAUUCACUGUCCCUAAUCUUCUGCCCAAGUGGACUCCUGAUCCUUGCUCUGAAGUAGAAAGAAUGGAUUCUGGACUGGAUAAACUUUCAGAUCCCACAUUCCUUUUACCUUCUCGGCCAGCUCAAAGAGGGUACCAUGCUCGCUUGAAUCGCUUGCCUGGAGCUGCAUCUCGAUGCCUCAGAAAGGGGCGAAGAAGGCUUCUUGGGAAGGAUACCAGCCUAAGUACUUUGGGUACUGAGAGGAUAGGCCACGUCAUUAGUGACCCUCGGCAGAAAGAAAAGAAUAAAGCGUUGGCUUCUGAUUUUCCUCACAUUUCUGCUUGUGCACAUGAGUUUAAUCCCCUUUCUCCCCUUUACUCCCUGGAUGUUCUUGCUGAUGCUUCUCAUCGAAGAUGUUCACCAGCACACUGCUCUGCCAGACAGGCAAACAUACACUUGGGACCCCCAUGUUCACGUGACAUCAAGAGGAAACGGAAACCUGUGGCAACAGCAUCUCUUUCUAGCCCAAGUGCAGUUCACGUGGAUGCAAUGGAACCGAUCACACCAGAAUCACAGGCCCAGAAAUCUCCAAACUCUGAGUGGUUGGCCCGGACCUCUGCCUCAGAGAAAGCCACUGACUCAGCUGCAGCUACGUUUUUUAAAAUGCCACAGGAGAAGAGCCCUGGAUACAGCUAGAGAGCAGGGCUAGAGAGCAGGGCUUCACCCCGGGAGCCGGCUGGGGGUGUCAGACCCAUACCGCACUCGGUGUUACAGAGUCCUGCAUGUCCUGAUUGCCAUCCCAGUCCUCUCACCUCCAGAACUGACUGCUCUUCAAACAAAGCAGUGGACUCUUUCUCUUGGAAAAUCACGCUGUGGAAGCUGCUUUGUUUGUUUUUUAACUAAAAUAUUGGGGCAGCAAUUUUUUUUAAGAAAAGGCCAUCCUGUGCUCUGUUUGCUACCCUAUUAUUGCUGUCCCAACAGUUCCCUGCAGCUCCAUUUAGAGCUGUUGCUUUUUUGCAGGUAUGUCUUUUUCUUGAAACUCUAGGAACUGCUUUUGCAUACUGUUUGUGCUUUUAAUAAUCAUUUGAGGAAGUCCCAAAUUUGCAGCCAGUUCCAGACAGCUGUAACACUGAGUUAAGACCUGUGUAUGGAAUUGUGUUUAUACAAGGUAAAGCUUGCCUGUGAGUCUGGUCUUCAUUCACUCACCAGAGUGCCAAUAAGGUAAGUUCACCAGAUUCUCAAUCUGGAGCCUCAGAAGAGACACCAGCGGCAGGGGCCUUGGGGCUUCUUCCCUCCCUCUGGUUGGUCUGAUGGGAUUGCCAGCAGCUGCACUGUGCUCUGCUUCAUCUCCAAAGGUCAUGUUCUACUGAAAGAGGACCUUAUAUAUAUAUAUAUAUAUAUACACAUAUAUAUGUGCAUACAUAUACAGAUUGGUGUGGUGAAGAAGAUGGUGUAGAUGUACAGCAAACUUAAAAUAGUGGGUUGUGUCUUAAUACUUCUUGUGGCAGUGUAAACCUUUAUAUACUAGGGACUUCUGUUGUUCAUUUAUAGGUCAGUAACCAGCAGAAAUUCACACUCUAUUAUAAUAAUGGCUUCUUGGGGCCAUACUUUGGGGAGGAAAAAAUGUCUUUUUGACAUGCCUUUAUGCUUGGUGUGUUUAUGAUGGCUCAGCUGCAUGUAGAGUUAUAUAUAUAGCCACGCCUGAAGUUGGAUGCUACUUUGUCAAAAUGAGGAAUAAGUGAUUGCCUAGAGCUGCCAGAGAAAAGCCACCUUUCUAAAAAGGUGUUAUCAAGAGUGUCUGUCAUUCAGGGGCUUGGUUGACAGAAGGGCCCUUUUCUGUCUGAACUGAGUACAUUUACUCUGAAAUGUACAAGAAUCGUUUUCUAAGUGUUGCCGCUCUGAUGAUGUUCUGGAGGAGCUGUCUCUCCUGCUCCUGCGUAUUUUCUGUGCUUAAAUAGGUGCUGAAUGGGACAGUCUCCUUUCCCUGAAAUGUGGUUGUCCCCUUUUCUCAUACAGAAUGCAGUCGUGGGCUGCUCUAUCAUAUUCCCUUUAAAAUUUACUGUCCUUACCAGUGGUGGCUACAGAAUUUCCUUGUUGACAUGAGUCUAGUUGGAAAGGGGGACUUGAAACUAAGUUUACAUAGUACUUUAUGUAAAACCAAGAACAUGUCAAUUGUCAAUAAUAAAGCAUAGGACAGAGGGAGGGGCUGAUGGAGACUGGGGUGAGGAGUAGUGCUAAAGCCACCCCAGCACCCCUGGGAGUCACCCCUUCCUCAUGCAGUAGUGAGUUUACUUCCCUUCCUCUGGGCUGCACCCAUAGCAGCCUAGAAAAUAAACUGUCUGCUGUAUGUAAAAUGGCACUAUGUGCUCUCUCACCUAGUUCCCACAGUGUCCUGAGGCACACAGUUCUAAUGUAACAUGUUGGACUUAAGGGAGAAAUCCACGGGCAUAAUUUUCUAUGCACUAAGCCUGUAGCUCACGCAGAGAUCGGUCCUGUGAUUGUUGCCUCUUGAGACCCCCAUAGUUAGGGUAGCAUCUUUUUUUCAUGAUAUGUUACCUAAACCUGUUAACAUGACAUGUUACUUUUCUACCUGUGAUUUUAAAAAAUCUAUUUAUACAAUUUUAUUUGCAUUUUAAACAUCUCUAUGAUGUAAAGGUAGGUGACUGCCACCAUUUUACGGAGACAAGAACAGUCACAGAGUUUAGUGACUUGUGCAAAUUCACAUUAUCAAGCCAAGACUAAAUUCACUGAGAGUGCCAAUAUCCCAGACUUUCAGACUUUGUCUGCUCUGGACUAUGAUCUUUUGUUUUUCAUUGAUAGACCUGAGUCACUCUGAGAUCCAUAUAUUUAAAACAGUAUGUUAUGAAUAUUUAUCAUGUUUCUUGGGUAUGCUUUUCUAAAUGUUUUGAAUACUUUGAGCAGGGAUCACCCAACAAUGUCAUUAUCUACCUGUAAUAAGUAGGGAAGAAAAUUAAUUGCCUAAGAAAAUAGCCACUAAACACACAAAUACUUGGCAAUACAGGGUUGUAAAUCGUGCUCCUCAUUUUAAGCUGCUGCAAGAGCAUGCUUACAGAAUUAUUAACAGUUGAUUUUGCUUGUUUUCUGUAUGAAUGCGUUCCAGAAGCAUAACCCUAGAACUGAAUGUAUUUUCAAUCUUAAAUUUUAAAUUUCCUUUUUAAUAUGUCAUAGUGUAGAAUGUCAUAAGUUAAGAAAAGUCUGUUACCUUUCAACAGAAGAUAAUUUCAAAUUUGGGUUUUGUAAUCUGCUGAAAAAACUUUGAUAGCCCGACUUCCUUGGGGGAAAAUCCUUGAGCUCACAUGUAUUUGGUCUGCUCAAAAGAAGUAACUGGAGCUGAGUUCCCAGUUUUUACUUAUUUCAGGGUUCUGAUUUCUCUCCGUUGGCUACAGUCUGCCUGCCUGAAUCUUAAUCUUGUAUAUUUUCCACAAAGGGCAGAAAUUAAGACAUUAUCGACUUCAAUGGGAAUCAUUCAUUAACAUUAGUUUUGCUUAUGAGAUUAAGGGAAUUUGUGAUUAUUUUUCAGAUGCAACUUCAUUUGUAUCAAAACUCUUGUGUUGCUUUUUGGUAAGAAGAACUAUUCAGCAGAGGAAAUUAGUAGCUGUUCACGUGUCACCAAAUUUGGGAGAGACAGAAUAUAUCUUUGUAGAGUGGUGUAUACUUGAUAAAUAGGUGACAUUUAACCUUGAAUUCUUUAGAAAUCAAAUGCAGUUAAAAAUUCAGACGACAUUGUUUUGCUGGACUAUGAAACAGGAUGCAAACAAGCCUGUGUGGGCAGCAAAAUGACCGAAAGCUGAAAUAAAGCUUCUUAAUCUGUUAUGCUUAGGGCAUCCCUUGCCAAGUAGCACUCCAUAUGUCAGGCAGGUAUUAAACUAUUUAUGAAUCCCAAAUAGAUUAAUCUGACGUAUCAUGGCGUUUUGGAAUCAGACACACAAUCUAGACCACAGCAUUGGGAAUUCUGACACUGCAAAGUAAAGCGGCAGAGUUAAUCAUGAAAGGCACAUAGAGCUGAAUAAGUUAGAGUGUCACGGGGAAGGAGGUGGGCUGGCCCUGUCGUUGCUGAUGUGAUGGGUUCUCCAGUUUGUCUCUAGGCAAAGAUUCCUGGUGAUGUAUGAUUCAUUUCAGGUCUUUGUUUUAUUUUGGCUUUAUUACCAUAGUUCUGAGCUGUACACUUUUGGUUGCCUGGGGAGAAGACUAUGUAAAAACCUCAGCAUUAGAAGCUGUAUUCAGUGUUCUGUAUGUCUGGUGAACCUUGUCAGAGCUGGGACGAGAACAGAGUGGUUUACUCCGGCAGCUGUGGUGUGGUCUCGGUGGGGGUAUAGCUUACAGCGUGUGUCGUGGUUCAUGGGCUGGGGGGAGGGAUGGGAGAGGCAGUUUGCUCUUGCUGUCAGCUGCUUCCUUUGUUACUGCUUGAGCCGCCCAUUUUCCUUGUCAGUAUUUCCUUAUCUCCCACUCCUGUCAUGACAGUGGAGUUACUGAUGGUAGCAGCCAUCAGUAUGGGUUCCUUCUCCAUCAGAAAACUGGUACAGAAGGUAAAGGUGAGGACAUCGGUGAAUUCUGCUGUUAGCAUUAAACUUAAAGUGGCCCAGAAAUGCUUUCACCUAUGUCAAGAUUGCAAAACAGCUAAAAGUCAAAUUCCUGGAAACAGCGACACCAAAAAGACACAAGGAGGACAAGUGAUACUGCUGAAGAGUGUGGAUUACAAGGUUUUUAACAAGUCCAGCAAAACAAACUUAGGGUCAAAGAAGACAUUUUUCUGCCACUGCAAAUAGACAUAAAAAACUGUGGUAAAAUUGCCAAAUUUUGGGAAUAAAAAUUUUAAGCAGUUAUUGAUGAAUGAGGCAGAUCCUAAAGAUUCAUGAAGGACCACAAUCUUGGCAAGGUCCAGAAGUGGGAAAGCAAGGGGAAGAGAGUGGAAGGUGCUGAGGACGGAUGCCUGGGUCCCCAGGCCAGCAGCAUCAGUACGUUCUCCCCCUCAAACCUGCUGAGUGAGAAGCCCUGUGGCUGGGGCUUGGCAGGCCGCUACAAGCCUUCCAGGGACUCCGGUGUGCCAUCACCCGAGACCUACAGGCUCUACUCUGGUUACAAAGGAACGUUUUAAUAUGCUGGUGUCUGUUCCCCUGAGGUCUGAGGUGCUCUUAUAUUUCCCUCCCUAAGUGUAGAGAUGUUUUGUGUAUGAUUCUUUGUAGAAACUGUUAAUGUCUUUAUUUCCCAUACUUUUUCCCUCAAGCUCCUGAAAGAUCCCCUGGAAAUACUGAAAAAGGAUGAUGUGGAAAAAAGAUGCCAUCAAGGCCAUAUUUAGAUGGAUGGAAACAACCUUUUAAAAGUGGAUUAAAAUAUAUGAAUGAA